AUGUCCAAAGGAAUCGGGACCAAAGUUCCAGAGAACUUCAAUGAGAUGUUCACCUUCAACGCUGCAGUGAUGGGCUUCGCUGGCAGCUUGGGCUGGAUGAAUCCCGUUCUCGAUCAGUUUGAGGCGAUGGUUCUGAACGCAGCCAACUCUUACAGACUCCAGGAGGAGUGUGAUGUACUGGCCCUGGUCCUUGUGAAGUACAAGGAGCCCAUCAUCUAUGCGGAGUUCAAGGCCAUCAUGUUGGCAUCGCUUCGCUCACUGGUCCCCAAAAUCUGGGGCGUCGAGCACGAGGUCGCUUGGACCUGGUUCUGGGACAAUACUGAGCGAAUGAUCAAGCGCCAGACCGCGGGCAUCAAAGGAUAUCAGCGGGCCGCCGACAAGUUCAUCAGGAACCUGUCGGAUGACAUCGUCCAGCAAAUGCGGCGCGAUGUGUACAAGGUGUUUUUUGGGGUGGCGCCCAAAGGGCAGGACUACUUCAAGCAGUCGUCGACGCGAUUGAACUUCAUUGCAGACAAGGUGCUGGAGAUGUCCUUGGAAAUGUACAAGAGGCCGAGGGAGAUGGUCGAAGAGAUAUCAGCUUUGGGCCUGCGUCAUGUGGGGUAUGGCAUUCCAACCGAGUUGUUUCCGCCCUUCAUAGAGGCCUGGAGCCAGGUCCUGCAGAUGAUGCUUGUAGAUGAGAAGGCAGCCAAUUCAUUGCGAUGGUCACUGACUCUGAUUUCGAAGAUUUUGGUGCGGACAAUCUUGGAGGGCUCCACGAUUGUCAUGAAAGCCAUCAACACCAACAGCGCCAAGCGAUUCCGGAAGGCCAUCGCAAUUGCGGGACGAUCGCAGCGAGCGAUGGACAUGCUGAGAAUCACAGUCGGCACCCAGUCCAUCUCACCUUUGGACUGGGCGAUCAAGAGUGGCAGUUUCCAAGUUGCCAGAGCGAUGAUCGACGACCUUCUCACCAUCCGUGGCGAUCGGGACAACUACUAUUAUGGCUGCGAUGCCCUCUUCGAGCGGCAUCCUGACAUCUUGAACAUCCUCAGUGCUACACGAGGCCAGGGCCUUCUCCCCGCCUUGCUGGAUGGCAUGCUUUGGCGAUCGAAGCACACCCAGAACAAGCUGAGACGUGUGAACUACUUUGUGAAGCACUUGAUCCAAGAUGCGGAGGGACUGUUCAAUGCAAAGCAGAUCUCCGUGAUCAUCAAGUCCGGGGACCCCAAGCUGAUGCGGCAUCCCGUCGUCAGUUUCGUGUUCAACAUGCUUUGGUCACGCCUGGCUAGCUACGAGUUCCUGCAAAGCAGGGUCCUCUUCAUGGUGCAAGUUGUCAUCUUCGUCUGCGCCCAGAGCAUCCUGCCACGCCUGCAGCCGAAGAGGGAGACAGAAUCUCUGCGCAUUCUGCUUUUCUCUUGCCGGUGCGUGAUCUACUUCUUCGACAUGUUCGUUCUUCUUUGUGCACACAUCAAGUACAUCGUGGCUGACAUCCGGGAGGGUUCUUUGACCCAUCUGCUCGGCCUUCCUUGUCCGGCCUACCUGAAGAAUCUGGCAAGUGCAGCGCAGCUGGCCAUGGGCAUCAAUCUGGUGUUCAUGUGCACGCAGGAGCCUAUCUUCCACUGCCUGGGCAACAUGUAUGGCAACUAUGAGGGUGCCGGGCUUUUCUCGACGCACUGCCCCGAGGCGCAGACGAACAUCAAUGUUUACUCGGUCUUCUCUCAGCUCGGCGUUCUGCUUCACUGGCUGCUUCUGGUCGACUGCUGCAUUUUCUCUUUGCGUCUGAGCUCCUACUUCCUCACGUGCUUCUACGUACUGGUGGAACUCUUGCACUUCUUGUGUGCUCUGCUGUUCUUGGUUCUCAUGUUCGCCUGCUCCAUAACAGCGCUGGACAACUUCAAGGCUGACUUCAGAAGCAUUCCAGCAGGAGUUCGGACACUGACGAAGAUUACGCUGGGCAUGUACCCCUCCGAGAAGUUCAUUGAGCUGCACAACUCUCCACGUCUCUUGGGGCUGCUGAUUGUGUUUAUCGUCAUCGUCGUGAUCUUCCUCUUGAACCUACUCAUCGCGCAGCUUGCGGGUGCCUACCGAAAUGUCUACGGCGACAUGAUGGGCUUUGCGCGGUUAUUCAGAAGCGGAAUCACGGUGUCCACAGUGCGGGCGAUUCGACCGAAACGAUGGACAGCCUUUCUCAAGAGCCUGCGCUUCCAGGAGAGGAUCGAGUUCAACGAGGGUGAUGUCGGCAUCGCCGGUGGAAUUCAGGUGCUGGAGUUGGCUACCCUGAACCCAACCACCGAAGA